AACACACCCUCUUCACUCCAACUGUGGGAUGCAAAUGGCAGCUAUCGAGGACCGCUAACUGCACUCGGGGCCAGUCACAGAGGACUUCUGGGGUUUUUAACAUGGACUGAUUCAUCGAAGGGCAUGUGGACUUGCCAACGUUGAGCCGUAGGAAUAAGGGAGAAGAGGAUCAAGUGGAUUUAGCUUUCGAAACCCCAAAUCGUUCGUGUGAAAUAAAAUUGUUGACCUCGACAGGAACUCCAGGAUGCCUGAGGUACGGGACCUGUCGGAUGCCCUACCUGAGAUGCCCAUGGAUCCCAUCACUGGUGUUGGUGUUGUUGCCUCAAGAAACAGAGCCCCCACCGGCUAUGAUGUAGUUGCACAAACCACAGAUGGAAUGGAUGCUGAUUUGUGGAAAGACGGCCUUUUCAAAUCUAAGGUGACACGGUACCUCUGUUUCACAAGGGUCUUCUCCAAGGAAAACAGUCAUUUAGGAAACGUGCUGGUAGACAUGAAACUCAUUGACAUUAAAGAUACACUGCCUGUGGGCUUUAUCCCAAUCCAGGAGACUGUGGACACACAGGAGCCCGCGUUCCGGAAGAGGAGAUUGUGUAUCAAGUUUAUCCCAAGGGACUCAACCGAAGCUGCCAUCUGCGACAUUCGCAUCCUAGGCCGCUCUAAACAGGCUCCACCACAGUAUACCUUCAUAGGAGAGCUGAACAACAUGGGGAUUUGGUACCGAAUGGGGAAAGUGCCUCGGACCCAGGACUCAUCUCCAGUACAGAGCAACUCUUCCUCCACAGGCACUACCACCAACAUUCAGACAGUCACCACCAACUCCACUCCAGCACCUGUCAUGCCCAAACACAUAUCAAUGACCCUACCUGCCAGCUUUAGAAAGAGUACCACUAGACCUGACUACGAACACCAAAACUCCAACCUGUAUGCCAUCUCAGCUAUGGAUGGAGUGCCUUUCAUGAUCUCAGAGAAGUUUGCAUGCGCUUCCAGUGACUUACAGCAGGUGGAUUUGAUGGGCAUAAGAAUCAAAUCUCUUGCUGAGAUUGAAAAAGAGUACGAGUAUAGCUUCCGCACAGAGCACAGUGCUGCUGCCCGCCUGCCACCCAGUCCCACCAGGACUUCUCUGGGUUCUGAGGCCUAAAAGCACAUGGAACAGAGGAAAACUUGGAGGAGAAAGAAUGCUCUGCGUAAAGUAGAGACAGAGAGUGAUGGAUACUGCCUUUCUUACAGUGAAAAACAGAAUUCCCUCUAACAUUAUCCCUUCAAGCUCUAACUAGGAAAGAACAAAAAACAAAUCUCCCAACGCUGACAUUUGGUUAAAGGAAAGAAAGACGUUUUUGCUGCUGAUUGAAGUGGAGGAUGAGCAUCAUUCCUUCACUACAGUGAUCUAAUCAAAACCACUAUUGAAUUAAAAGGGAUGCCAAAAGAAGGAGUUGCCUGUGGAUGCUCCUUGGAAGUUCUGUGUCUCGCCAGGCAUAGCCUCUGGACGUAACGCGUCACUAUCUCUUAGGAAAGUUUGUUGUGACAAAGUGCCGCUCAACUACGAUGAUGUUAAUUGUUAAAGGGUUGAGCUUGGACACUCCUGCGUUCUUGCUGCGUUACAGAAGUCGGUCGAACAAAAGCAGGUUUAAAUUGCAUGGAAUGGGAGAGUAUUUAAUUACCUUUUGUUUUUCCUUUUUGUGUUUGCUUUUGUUUUUGCGUUAUUUUU